AUGGGAAUUCAUGGGAAAGAAAAUAGAUACUUGAACAUUGGAAAUUACACUGUAAAGACAGAAACAAAAUGUGAUGGGGCAGAGAUAUUGGUAAAUCAAAAGACAGAGAGAAUUCAAAAGAUAGAGAGAAUUCAAAAGACAGAGAGAAAUCAAAAGACAGAGAGAAAUCAAAAGACAGAGAGAAAUCAAAAGACAGAGAGAAAUCAAAAGAUAGAAUUCAAAAGACAGAGAGAAUUCAAAAGACAGAGGGAAUUCAAAAGACAGAAAGAGAGAGAAUUCAAAAGACAGAGAGAAUUCAAAAGACAGAGAGAAUUCAAAAGACAGGAAGAGAGAGAAUUCAAAAGACAGAGAGAAUUCAAAAGACAGAGAGAAUUCAAAAGACAGAAAGAGAGAGAAUUCAAAAGACAGAAAGAGAGAGAAUUCAAAAGACAUGAGAGAAUUCAAAAGAUAGAGACUCAAUAG